UCAAUUUUCAGACCGGAAAAUGCUGCGACAAAUCGGUGAAUUUUAUCACCAAGGCGAGAAAGAUGACACAAGUCGAGUUUGGAUGACGUGUUGGCAUCAUGGAGGACGAAUUUUGGCUUCUUGCGGCGACGAUAAGGCUGUCAGGGUUUGGAGCCUCGUUGGAGAGCCUGAUUCAAAAAUGCGUCUGGAGUGUCGUACAACACUGGAUGACAGUCAUACACGGGCGGUUCGAUCAGUCGCAUUUUCAAAUGACGGAAAAUGUCUAGUUUCUGCGAGUUUUGACGCUUCCGUCGUGGUUUAUCAGCAGGAAGACGGAGAAUUCGCCGAAGUCAACAAGCUAGAAGGACACGAAAGUGAAGUAAAAUGUGCAGUUUUCUCGAAAAGUGACGAGUUUUUGGCCACAUGUAGCAGAGAUAAAAGUGUCUGGUUUUGGCAACAGGACGAGGACGAGGAUUUCAGCGUUUCAUCGAUUCUACAGCCACACACACAGGACGUGAAACAAGUCGCCUGGCAUCCAACUGAAGAUCUUCUCGUCUCAUGCAGCUACGACUCAUCAAUCAGAUUCUACCGAUUCGACGGCGAAGACUGGGUAACACAACAGAAAAUCGACGGAUGUCACGUGGGAACUGUAUGGAGCAUCGCAUUUGACACUGAAGGACAUCGCCUUGUGACUGUUGGAGAAGAUCAUUGUAUUCAGCUUUUCGUUCGUGAGAACAUUGGCUCCAAAUCUGCUGAUCAAGACACGUGGAAGUCUGUGGCACGUUAUGAUGUGGAAAAUACACGAUGGCCGUUGUAUUCGGUGGCCUGGAAUUCUACGAAUGACGUCAUUGCCACCGGUGGUGGAGAUUGCAAAAUUAGACUAUUCAAAAUCUCCUCCACACCCGAAUCUCCAGUCAUUGAGCACCUCGGAGUUGUCGGCCGCCACGAGCUUGACGUAAACCACGUGGCAUGGAACCCGAAUCCGAAAUUUUCAAAUUUGCUCACUUCGGCCUCGGAUGACGGAACAAUUCGGCUCUGGGAGCUCGAAAUUUGAUUUUUUUUUGCCUCAAUUUUUGUUGAUUUUUUCUAAUUUUUUUUCGGUAGUUUUCAACUGUGAUUGUGUUCAUUGUUUGUUUUUUGAAUAGAAUAAAAUUAUUUUUAAAAAAAUAGCA